AUGACCGAGCAGAUGCAGGAGAGUGCCCAAGCUGUUGCUAAUGCAAGCACAGAAAUCGUCGGUAGAACGCCAAAACAUGGAGCUGUGUCGAUUGAGUCGCAUUUUGAUGAAGCGAUGAGCAUUGUUGGAGUUGCUGAAGAAGUAAGAAAGGCAGAUAGCGAAGGGGCGGACGGCAUGAUUUUGGCGUGUUUUGGUGACCCCAAUAUCUGGGCCGUGAGAGAACUGACCGACAAACCUGUGAUUGGCAUUGCUCAAGCUGGCUUUGUGAUGGCAAGCAUGAUAAGUACGCAGUUUGCUGUAGUAACGAGCCUACAACGCACCGUAAUUAUCGCUAAACAUUUGCUUCAACAAUACGGCUAUAGACAUCUUUGCCCUCAAGUACUGGCAGUCGAUUUGCCUGUACUCGCCUUAGAAGAUGACACCGCACUCAAAGCAAUAAUCAGUAAAUCAAUACAAGCCCGUGAUAAUGGUGCAGGGGCGAUUGUGUUGGGCUGUGGUGGGAUGUCCCAUUUGACUGAUACGAUUGAGCAAGCGGUGGGUAUUCCUGUGAUUGAUGGGGUAAAAAGUGCAGUGAAACUGAUUGAAGCAAUGGUCGGUAUGAAUUUAAAAACCAGUAAGCAUGGUGAUUUGGCGUUCCCAAUUGCUAAGCCAUUUUUGGGAGACUUGCAUCGUUUCGGUGCAUAA